GAAUAUCCUUUUAUUCAGGGAUCAAGAGGCAGAUGGCAUAGGUGUAUUGGUACUGUAUACUGGUCAACUGUAUAAUUUGCCUAAUUAAAGAGAUUGAUUUAAUAACUUUGAAAGCUUUCUUAUUCUUGACAUGACGAGCAGAAUCGGACAAUGUAUGCAGCGAGCCUGGAGAUCGCAAAGUUAUAUUUAUUGUCGUCCCUGCUAAGCUUGUGGAGUGGUUCAGUUGCCUUUGAGUGUCAGCAGUACACAUCGAAGUUUCGGUCCGGAAUCACGGAGUACAUCUCUUCACCAAAAUUUCCACUUCCUCGACCGGCCGGGAACUAUGUGUGUGAAUAUAUCCUUAAUCCCAGGAAGUUUUCCGUCAGGAUUGUAUUCUCAGACUUCUUUUUAUAUGGAUCGUCUGUACAGGAGUCAUUGAUGCCAGAUUGUCUCCUAGGUGAUGGAGAUUAUAUAAAAAUACUUAUUGGUAAUGACGUAGUUGGAACAUACUGCGCUGCCUCUAAAUCCCGUCCACCACCAAUUGCUGCAACAGACCAAAAGUUUACUCUUAGAUAUGUGGUCCGGUCAAACACAACUACGAGCCGACCAGGGUUUCAUGCAACCUAUGAAUUUAACAAGGACCCUAACUGGCUCGAUAAACCAAAAGUCUUUUCGGAGUACAUUCUUUCCAAUGGAGAUGGGCACUCAGAGAUGACGCUCAUGGGUCCUGGUAUCUUCGAUAUCCUGCUUCUUAUACAAUCUUCGAAUUUCGUUCAUUUUGUUUUCGAUGCAACAAACAAUAUAUCAAGUAUAGAUGUGUUGUCAGAAGAGGGUAUAAUAUUAUAUGGUGGAUCUACAAGCAAUUCGUUAAUUUUAGAUCGUAGAACUAGCUUGGAUGCAUUUGAUUUAACCUCACCAGAUACAACUAUGACAGUGACUAUGAACUUAAAGCUUAAUAAUUACCAAGCCGUCAGCCUUCAAUUUGUCUAUGCAUUUUGUACAAAAACCGCUAAAUCAGUCGGUGGCUCUUGUCCUAGUAACUACUUUCCGUGCGAAAGAGGAUUUUACUGUAUACCUUCUAGAUUGCUGUGUGAUUCUUUUGGUCAUUGUCCAGAUAAUUCUGAUGAGAAAUAUUGUAAUGAGCCUUGUUUUCAAUGUCGUAACGGAGGUUUGUGUAACCAAAAGACGGGGAUAUGCCAAUGUUUUGAUAAUUUUUACGGUAGCCAGUGUCAUUUCUUUGCAUGCGGAGAGGCAAAUUGUAAUCAUGGAGUGUGCAAGAUUGUAGACUUGGAAGGAAAUUACAGAUGUGAUUGUCACAUGGGGUAUUCAGGCGAACAUUGCGAUGUACCGGAACAGGAAAUUACAUGUCCAUGUGAAAGGAAGAAUCGCUGUCAAAAGAUUGUAUCCGAAAGCAUGGGAACAUUCUGUAACUGCUAUGACAACUACUAUGGACCAAACUGUGAAUUUGAAUAUAACUGGAAUAUUGUGUAUGUAGAAGAGGAACCGAUUUACACAUUAGAGGAGGAAGAGCCUGAAGAUCACUCUAAUCGCAGAGUUAUCAGCAAGCUUUGGGUUAUACUGUUGACUGCCUUUGGAAUAUUUUUUCUAAUUGUAUUUUGUUGUUGCAUUGCAAAAAGAGGGAGUGCACGCGCCUCCAGGAGCACCAGAGAAAAUCAUCGCAACACAAAUGGAGCAGAGGCUGCUAGAAAUGCAUCGGAUGCUUCACAAGUAAAUAAUCAGGCCCCUCCUCUUAUACGCUCGAGCAGCAGUUUAUUUGCGAUGAUCACUGCCUGGCGGAGGGCUACGAUGAGACCACCAACACCACCUCCCUCUUACGAUGCUAUUGAGCCAAUGUAUUGUAUGGUCAAUACGGACAUUGCAAUGAAUGUCAGAGGCAAUGCCGAGUAUUCGUGUACAAGACAUGGCCACCAUCAUGACACCGUCUGUGGCACAAUCACUCGCGAGUCUAGUGGACUACCAGAUGUGAUCGUUGAUGGUGACAUACGGUCACAUAUCGGACAGUCUAUCGUAAGCCAAGUGUAACAAGAUUGGCUGAUGUUAUUAAUCAUGUGCAAUCAGCGGUGGCACCGCCUGUGGCACAAUCACUCGCUAGUCUAGUGGACUACCAGAUGUGAUCGUUGAUGGUGACAUACGGUCACAUAUCGGACAGUCUAUCGUAAGCCAAGUGUAACAAGAUUGGCUGAUGUUAUUAAUCAUGUGCAAUCAGCGGUGGCACCGCCUGUGGCACAAUCACUCGCUAGUCUAGUGGACUACCAGAUGUGAUCGUUGAUGGUGACAUACGGUCACAUAUCGGACAGUCUAUCGUAAGCCAAGUGUAACAAGAUUGGCUGAUGUUAUUAAUCAUGUGCAAUCAGCGGUGGCACCGCCUGUGGCACAAUCACUCGCUAGUCUAGUGGACUACCAGAUGUGAUCGUUGAUGGUGACAUACGGUCACAUAUCGGACAGUCUAUCGUAAGCCAAGUGUAACAAGAUUGGCUGAUGUUAUUAAUCAUGUGCAAUCAGCGGUGGCACCGCCUGUGGCACAAUCACUCGCUAGUCUAGUGGACUACCAGAUGUGAUCGUUGAUGGUGACAUACGGUCACAUAUCGGACAGUCUAUCGUAAGCCAAGUGUAACAAGAUUGGCUGAUGUUAUUAAUCAUGUGCAAUCAGCGGUGGCACCGCCUGUGGCACAAUCACUCGCUAGUCUAGUGGACUACCAGAUGUGAUCGUUGAUGGUGACAUACGGUCACAUAUCGGACAGUCUAUCGUAAGCCAAGUGUAACAAGAUUGGCUGAUGUUAUUAAUCAUGUGCAAUCAGCGGUGGCACCGCCUGUGGCACAAUCACUCGCUAGUCUAGUGGACUACCAGAUGUGAUCGUUGAUGGUGACAUACGGUCACAUAUCGGAGAGUCUAUCGUAAGCCAAGUGUACAAGAUUGGCUGAUGUUAUUAAUCAUGUGCAAUCAGCGGUGGCACCAUAAAUUUGCUGACGAGGAGUCCACCGGAUGGAUCCAAACCAAGGCGACGACAAAGCCUUGGUUGACAGCCUGUAAAUUAAAAAAACCCUGUUAGGGUUCUUGGGAGAGUCUUUAUGACUUAAUUUGGUCCUAAAUGUGCUUUUAAACCACAAUAUUAGGGAUUGGCAAUCAAAAUAGCGUUAUUGGGAUAGCCAAAUUAUUUUUUGUUAUUUUUGGUCUGACGACCUAGUCAUUCGUCGGGAGACAAGGGGUCCAGGCCUGUCCAACGGGGGAAAAUACCCCCUGCUACCCGUUGGCGUCGUCACUGUGUGCAAUAUGAUCACAUCCUGGACAAUCUAUCAAAGACUAGUGGAGAUCAGAUAGAACUUUCUGGAGUUAUAAUCAACCUUAACAAUUGACCAAUCAGAGCAUGGCCAGGGAUAUAAUGUUUGAGUAUGUUCAAUCACAUCACACAUUUUAUUAAAUGGAAAUGAUAAAAAAAUGGACUUGUGACAUGAAAAAAAAAAUAACUGAGGUUAGAUUUGUCAAUAAUCAUUUAUUUAUUGUUUGUGAAAAGACAAAAAUAUACACCUUGUUAGAUUCAAAUUAUGAUCUAAUCAUAAUAUCCCAGAAAUAAUUAGUCAAAAUCCUUAAUAUGACAGUAAUACAAUAUAACAUUUUAUAAUAGACAACAUUGAUUACUGUUCCUUUUUAAGGUAAAAGAAAUUAGAUAACAACUUGAAGUGUUAAUAUACUGUAAAGUUUUGAAACUUAAAUGACAGUUUCGGUCGCUGACAGCUACCAUUAUCAAAUGACUGGAAUGUACAGGUUAAGCUACAUCUCCAGCUUGCCGAUUACAGUAUAUUAAUUCAACUAAAGACUAGAUGAAAUUGUGUUUGAAGGCAGAUGAAGUAUCCCAACACCUAGAAAAGUAAUUCACAAAAAGUAACAUAGUAAUAAAUAUACACAAACAGAGCAUACGUUGUAAUUUCAAAUAAAUAAUAUAUCAUAUGGAACACACAAGAUUUUAGUAAUAUCCACUAAAGACCACUACAGUGUCCAAUCAUUUUAUUUCGUCCACCAAUUCUAUGACCAAUACAAAAUAAGAAAAAUUUGCUUUAAAAGUGUCCUCUAUACAAAACUACAA